CAGGGGGAUGAGAACAGCAAGAUGAACGAGUGGGUGCGGCUCACGAGCAAUGACGGUUUCGAUUAUCUCGUCAAGCGCAAAGCCGCCAUGGGCAGUGGCACGCUCCGGAACAUGCUCAACGCAGAAAGUAGCUUCUCCGAAGCACUCUCCAACGUGUGCCCCGUUGACGAGCGCGCCAUUAUCGUGGAGAAGCUUAGCGAGUAUCUGACGUACAAAGCCUUGUACGAGGGCGCGAAAAAGAACGAGGAGAUCCCUGACUUCCAGGAACGCGUCUAUCCGGAGAUAUCCCUCGAGCUACUGGUUGCCGCAGAUUACUACGACGGUGAGUAA